UUCAGUCGGUGUUCGGCGCAGUCCCGAAACCGUUUGGGUGCUAUAAUCUUACACUCCCCGAUUGCUUCUCACUCCAGCACCCCUGCAAUAGAGGUUGUUUUAGUGUUGUGCUCAGCACUUAGAGCCAUCUCUAGCAUAUCAACGUCAUUGCGGACGAUCGGUAGUUUAAGGUCAUUUCGGACCCUCUAUUGGGGAGGGAGUUCCUCAACUUCCUUACCCCCUUUCUUGCCUUGCAACUAG